AUGGCUCAAUCACAACUGCCAGCAGAGUGCAUCUCAUGCAUCAUCUCACACCUCGACGGCGACCUCACAACCCUCUUCCGCCUCCUCACCGUCAACUCGACCUUCUUCCGCGCAACCCUCCCAUACCUCUACCGCGACCCAUACCGGACUCUCGAACGCCGCGAAGCUAAACGAGUCCGCCGCCAGGGCGGCUACCCAUCCUCCAUCUGCGGCUAUGUAGCUACGAAACGCCUCCUCUACCUCCUGCUCCUCUCCUGCCGGCAAGGAGACGAUCUGGUCCCCUUUCUCAAUGUCGACUGGGACGAACCCCUCUCACCCUUUGUGUCGGACCAGCCCCUCAUGGCCUGUUAUAUCGACUACCUUGGCGACCUCGACUUUGAUCGCUGGACUGCUACCCUCAAACUUCUCAUGCCGGAAUUCGAUACUCAGAUAGAGCAAUACGCCUUUCGACUCUUCCGACUCUUGUUCUUGGACCACCACAAGGAACGCGUUCAAAAGUUGGCUAUUCCUAUCACCCAUAUUGAACCUUAUAUGGAUUUGUUGCCUCAUCUCAGGAACUUGCAGCGGGUCAGAUUCUACGUGGACGAACUUGAACAACCACCCCAGGAGCGCUCACAUAUACCCGAGGAUGAACUAGCAGCAGAACCUGCAGCAGAACUAGCAGCAGGACUAGUAGAAGAACUAGAACUAGCAGCAGUCAACGAGGAGGUCCAAGUUGCUGAGGUUCCGGAUAUUGUUGCUGCUGAUGCACUUGUCGCAGAAGUUGAGGCCGCUCCUGUCACUCAAGAUAUCGAACCCACUGUCGAUCCUGUCGCAAAUCUUACGCCAGAGCCCGCAGCCGACCCUCUCACAGAGCCUGCCAUCCCAGAACCAACACCAGAACCUGCCGUCGAGCCAGUCGAAGCACCAACAGUCGAGGCAACAACAGUUGAACCCAUGGCAGACCAGCCCAUCGCAGUAGUGGAGGAAACGAGCGAAGAGAAUUAUGAUGCCCCUCCAGUCCCAGCAGAGAAGACGCUCGACGAAAUCCUCGAUGAGAUCCUUGCCGAGAGUCUGGCCGCUGAUGCUGCCGCCUACGUUUGGCCAGAGCCUGUGCUACUGGAGGAGCAGACUUUCGAUGAGGCUCUUGGUGGUUUCAUGGCGAUCGAGAUGGAUUAUGUUCUCCCAGAACGUGCACAAACACAGGACGGAGGAGAGGAUGAGGUCAUGGUUGAAGGGGACGCGGUGGCUGCAGAGGUGAUGCCUGUGGUGGCGGUGGUUGAUGAGACGAUUGCCGUUCCUGCGGUAGUGGAGGAGGUACCAGUAGAGGAAGAGGGAGACGGUAUGGUCGAUCUGGCUGCAUUGCCCGCGGAGCUUGAGGCGGUCGCCACUGCUGAGCAUGGUCCCGCAGUACCCAUCUAUGACCACAUAUAUGAGAUUGAGUCGGAGGUCAUGCUGCGUAUGUUUACAGAGUCGACUCGAAUCAGAGACACUGGAACGUCCGAGUAUGAACCCGAGGAGGCCAUGGCUUACAUCUUGGCGUUGGUGGGCGAUCCUGAGGAAGAAUUUGAACCCGAGUCUGCCAUGGCAGAUAUUCUUUUUUUACUCGGCGACCCUGAAGGACAUGACCAGUUUUGGGAGACGACUGUGUUGGAGAGUGAGGAGGCACAGGAGGAAGAAGAGGUUGCUCCUGAAGAAGAGGUUGUUCCUGUAGAGGAGGAAGUGGUGGUUGUCCCAGAGGAGGUGAACGAUGUUGUACUUCAGGAGCAGGAGCAGACACCCGCACAGGAGGAGACCCCAGAGGAACCCGCACAGCCUGCACCUCCCGUCUUUGACCCUACCCCCGACGGCGUCAAGUUCCUUCAAGCCCAUGCAGAGCUCUUUGGACCUGGGCCAGGACGCGUCGGUCCUGGACUUGUCGAGAUUGAGCCCCCUUACUCAUGGAUUCACCCUUCUGACUCGGAAAACAUCACCUAUAGCAGUCGAUAUGUGGAGUUGCUCAAGGCGCAGUCGAACCCUACGAUUAUCCAGUUCCACCACUGGGAGAGGUUUCGCCAUUACCUCAAGGAUACGCCUGUCCAGAGUGUCAAGCGGCUGCGGUCCUUUUACGAGGAGUGGCCUGAGGCUGGGUGGGAUCAGGCUGGGCUUUUGAAGAAGUGUCGUAGCCUGGAAAAGUUCUCGUCUAGAAUCUUUGACCCGACACUCUUCGAGUUUGCGAUCGAGGAGCAGCAGGACCGGGACAUCUACGAGGAGCUGUGCAAAGCCGGUGUUGCUGGCGCGUCGACAAGUCUGGGUGGCGGCAGAAGCCAUGGUGGACACUAUGGUCCUGGCGAGGAUCCUAUCCCCCUGCGCAAGGUCAACCUCAUUAGUUACAGGGACGGGUUCCUUCACCCUGUGCUUCAGAAUAUAUGCACGGCCUUCAUGGACAGUCUCGAGUCGAUUGUCAUCCGUCUCUUUAUCUCGGACGAUGCUCUUCCCUUGAGCCAGUUCUGCUACAUGUCUCAGCUCACGGUGUUGGACCUUCGUCAUGACUGUCCCGACGCCCUCACCAACGACACCUUUUUCUUGUCCUACUGUCCUAGCCUCAAGACCCUGCGUUUGCGUGAUGGUAAAAUGGAACAGCCUUUGAUCAUCCAGACUCCUUGUGCGCUGAAGGUGCACUGGCACCUGCCUUGUCUUGAGGAGCUGGUUCUUGUCGGCUCUGCCUGCGAUCUCUUCAAUUAUGAGUCUCUAGCCUACUCCCCACGGCUUCAGUCUCUUCGCCUCGAGUGUAUCGUGCCUGACAUGGGUGUCCACGUUGUCGACGAGAUGUAUCAAGAGUACCUUACUCACCCCUCUUGGAACUGGACGUGGAAGUUGCCUCGUCUUCACACCCUCCUCUUGAAAGGCAGACCAGCCCACCUCUUCCGCCCCUGUCUGCUCCUCGGAUGCCCCAAGUUGACCAACGUCCACCUCGACGUCGGCAGAGUCUCCCGCUCCGUCACCUCGGCCAGAGACGCCCUUUCGACCACUCCUUCUACCUUCAACUCUCCAGUUCGCUCGCUCACCCUCAAGGGCUACUGGUUCAUGAACUCGACCGCCACUACCGUUACCGACUUCUUCCAGACCUGGUUCUCAUCCCUCACCUACCUCAAAUUCGAAUCGACCGUCUUCUUCGACAACCGCUCCAUGCUCGACGGUCUCUACUCGAUUCCCACUCUCCGCAAGGUCUUCCUCUGUCGCCAGACCAUCUCGGAGUACGAUGCAUGGAAGCUUGGAUUGGAAGGCUGCCCCCUCAAGAGCCCAUUCGAGUGGGAGCGCAAGACCCGUCAUAUCUCCUUCCAGGCAGAACUCCAACGUCUUCGUCUUGUCGUCAAAAAGAGGCAAGCCGAGGCAGAGGAGAAGGAGGCCCAAGCCAGGGCUCUCAUACUCGAGGUCGAGGCAGAGGAAGCUAAGGCCAAGGCCGCGGCCGCAGUGGCAGCAUUGCAGUCCGAUAACAACGUUACCACCCCCGCGUUUGUUGGCUCGGAUGUUUCCGUGGACAACAACAAGGACAACAAGCCAGAGCCCACUCCUACUACGGACAGGGUGCGUUGCCAGAGUGUCGACAGUGCGAUUGCAUUGGAGGAGGAGCAGGCACAGGCAGCGGAGCAGGCCAAGUUGGCAAAGGAGGAUGCAGAGAAUGAUCGAUUUGAAAGUCUGCGGUGUGUCUAUGUCUUCAAGAACAUGCGCUACCACCGCGGGGAUGAUACCCCACAGGAUCUCCUUCUUUCCUGCUCAUUGUAA